UGAUGUCUUAUAUCGACAUACAGAUGGCAGCUGUUACUGAUCUGCUCUGCUACUGUUUUAGCUGUUCCGAAUGAGCCAGCUCAGUGACAAAGAGGAUGGUUUUGCAAAUUGAGGAAUAGGGACUGAGGUUUUACAGUGCCAGACGAGUCGAGCUGGGUUGACCAACGACAGUGGACGGAUAAUCGGCUUGAUGGCGAAGUACUUCAGACUGCUAACUCUUGUUGCAUUUGGUGUUUCGGUUCAACUAUACAGUGAUAAAACGUUCGUUAUUGAUGGGAUAAACCUGUUGCUACAAUACAUGUUCCGUCCCGGUUCUCAUCAAGGAGUGCGACAGUGCCAACAUGUCAAGAUUGGAAAUCUGACACACAUGAAACAUAAGGCACACAUCAGUGUCAACCUAACUUUGCCGCUUGUGGAGUCUCGACAUCAACUCAAGAGCAUAGGAAAGUAUUAUUAUGACAGGAGAAUUGUCAACGUGUUAUUUCAGAAAGUAAACAACCCUUUGAAAACGUUUUCGGUUCUUGAGCCGGGUGCUCCUGGGACAUGUAGAAAGGGGAGUGCUCAGAGAGUCACGGUGAGGGAGAGUGCCAAACAGAAACGUUGUGUUCUGGCUAUCAGUGCAGGCUUUUUUAACAUAGACACUGGAGAAUGUUAUGGCAACAUCUACAGCGAUGGGAGACUGGUCAGUGACAGUGGUGGGGUGCAAAAUGCUCACUUCGGCAUCACUGCAGACGGCUACAUCUUCGCAGGGUAUCUGUCACAGCAGGAUCUGAUGACACAUCGGUUUACCCAGCUAGUUGGAGGUGUCAUAUGGCUCCUGAAGGAAGGGGAGAUCUAUGUUGACGAGAGCAUCAAGAACGAGUGUUCGACGCCGACAACAAUAACACUGAGAGAGUUUGCUUCCAUCCAAAAAUCUCGAGUUGCUGUCGGUCAUGACAAAGACGGCCGCAUCCUUAUUGCCCAUGUCGAUGUGGCGAAGGGGAAUAUUGGAGUUGACCUCCACGAGAUGGCAUCCAUAUUGCUUGACCUUGGCUUUGUCAAUGCCAUUAACCUUGACAGUGGAGGUUCGGCCACAACAGUUAUAAACGGUACACUCGUCAGCCAUCCGUCAGAUGAAUGCCCUGACAAAAUAUUCAACUGUGAGCGCCAGGUGACCACCAUCCUGUGUGUACAUGAGCCAGAGUGUGACCCGGGUGACUGUUCAGGGCAUGGGACCUGUGAGAUGGGAGUGUGUGAAUGCUCAGAUCACAGGUCAGGGCCAGCCUGUGACAUCCAGCAGUGUUCACUGAAGUGCAACCAACACGGAACAGCGUCAGGUCCGGUUGUUAUAACUAUACCCCAAAAGUGCAAAAACCAAAGGAAACGGUACUCGCUGGGCCUGGCCAACGGUCGCUUCUUGGCCUGUCCCUGGUACUGCCAGUUUGGCGGAAAGGAGUCAUCAGUCUUAUGA